AUGUGGAAAGUAAUUUUUGUUUAUCAUGUUUUUGUAGACUCAGUUGAGUGGAGUGACGUAAAUACAUACUUUGUGGACAGACAGCAAGGGGAUUCGACCACCAAUGUGCUGUUGGGAAGAUUUCGUCGUGUUCCUAGCUCUACUCAUCCUGAAACAGUAUACAAUCAAACAAUUCAGGACAAUCAUGACUACUAUUUGUCACAGUUUUUCGGACCAUCGGCUGGGGGUUCAACAUUCUGGGUGGAUCUAGACAAUCCUUCUAUAAGAGAUGAUGUACUGGCACCAGCUAGUCUUGCAACAAAUGAGAGAAAAGGAACAACAGUUGCACUGGACUUCACAUUCCCUUUCUACGGCCAUGAGCUCACUUCAAUUGUUAUAACAACAGGAGGUUUUAUUUAUACAGGAUCGUAUCUUCAUAAGCACUUGGCUGCCACUCAAUACAUUGCACCAUUAAUGGGUAACUUCUGCCCAUCGCAAUCUGAAAACACCGGGGUGAAAUACUACAGUAAUGGAACUGCCAUGACUGUAGAGUGGAGGAAUCAAAAUCUAGCUGACAAUAUUGAAGCUGGUAUAUUCUCUUUUCAAACAACACUAUUCGACGAUGGGAAAAUUAUUUUUGCGUAUAAACAGAUUCCAGUUCCUGUUCCGAGUAUAUCAGACAAUGGACAUCCAGUUAAAGUGGGAUUAGCUGACGCCUAUUACAUUGAUAAAAUAAUCGCACCAUUUACGAAAAAGCGAAAUAUAUUUGAGUAUCAUAAAGUGGAGCUUGAACUGUCUCAAGUCAAAUCUAAUUCUGCAAUUCGUAUCAAUCCACUUCCAACUUGUAACUUAUUGGUGUCAUGUGACACCUGUGUUUCCAGUGAUGUUUCUUUCAACUGUACUUGGUGUGAGAGACUGGGAAGAUGCUCUGAUGGAGUUGACCGCAGUCGACAGAGGUGGCAGGAAAACAACUGUGGCAGUUCUGAGAAUUUUUUAAGUGAAGUAACCCAGUGUCCUGGCUACACCACCAUGCCAGCUCCAACGGAGUUGCCUACAACUGCCCAAGGGCCUCAGACUGAUGUUCAUUCAAGUCAAGCUCCAGUGCAACUACAAUCAACAAAGCAGCCACAAGCUAAAACAGAUGAUUACUGUAAAGGCAUUGUAUGUCAAAAUGGCGGUGAAUGUUUCGAGGGCUUCUGCAACUGUCCAACCAACUUUGCUGGAGCAAGAUGCCAAAAGUACGUUGUGAGGCAUUGUGAAGCAAUCCGUUGUAAGAAUGGAGGAACGUGUUAUGAAGGAAUAUCAUUACAUAUCUGCGAUUGUAUGCCUGGAUAUUCAGGACUCUACUGCGAUGAAGAAGUCGGCAUCACAGGCAGCUCCAGAGUUUCUCGACAAGGAUUGACAGUCGGAGCUGUAGUGUGUAUCACUCUGAUUGGUUUACUGAUCUGUAGUCUGUUUGUUUGGGCAGUUUAUGCCUACAGACACCCCACAUCACCAUCUGGACUCUUUAUCAUCGAGGCUAAGCAUAGACUGAGGGGUCGUGGUCGAGGGUCUAAUGGUGUCAAGUACAAGUACCAUCAGCAAGUUGACUCCAAUCAUGUGGACAUCCAACUUUGAUGAAAGAUGCUUACCGUCGUGGCUUAACUUAUUUGACAGAGAUCUUGUGGAAAGAAGGUAUGACAGUUGGUUGGGCCCAGGGCCCAAUUUCAUUUCUGCUAAGCACAACUAAGCAGGAUACCAGUUACAUUUUGUACUAGUUUAAUGGAGUUUUAGCUGGUCACUUUAUUCUGGUAAGCACAAUUUUGGUAAGCAAACAUGGCUUUACAUUUUUCUGCUAAGCAUAACUAAGCAGGAUACCAGUUAAUUUGUCUACAUGUGAAAUGGUGUUUUAGCUGGUUACCUUAUUCUGGUAAGCACACUUUUGCUGUGCUUAGCAGCUUUAUGAAAUUGGGACCUGGUUAGAAAUUCUAAGGUGUCAAGUAGGCAUAAAUUUUGAUUAAUUUUAAUGAGGGCUUUCAUCUCGCAGAGAAAAUGAGUCAUUCGAAAGUGCGGCUGCUUUUUGAAUAAAAUUUGAAAAGUUAGAGCUCGUAAAAGCCUUUAGGCAGAGAAAAAGUUGUUUAAAGUUUACAACGACCUUAAAGUCACCUGGAAAUAGAAUUUUUUUUCUUUCAAACAUCAGAGU